AUGAAUCCAUCGACAAUUGGUCUUUCCGAAGAUGAUAUCGAAGCUGUAGUUAAAAGCUAUAUCAAGGACAAAAGAAAUCGCGUCAAUGGCAAAUUUCGGUUGGUGUCCUACCAAGUGCGGCGUCUUAGUGAAGAACCCGUAGGUUAUUUAGGUGAUCACUAUAUACUUGACGUGAAUUUGCGUGAAAAAAUGGUUCAUUAUUCGCCAGAAGAGGAAGAGGAAUACGCUGAAGAAGAGUACAUAAGCUUCUUUUUAAAAGUACUGCCAGAAAAUGUACCAAAGUUGGCGGACUACAUCAAGGAAAUGGGAUGCUUUCGGAAGGAAAUAUUGUUGUACAAACAUCUCAUUCCAAGAUUGCAGGACGUGAUGAUCGGUACACGAGCAUUUGUGCCCACGGCCUACUACACAAAGGAAGAACGAAUGGUGGUUUUCGAGAAUUUAAAAACGGACGGUUACAGCAUAGUGCAAGGUACGAAGAAUUUGCUCGAUUUUGAUCAUUUGAAAGUGGCACUCCAAGCAGUAGCAAAACUGCAUGCCUCGUCCUUAAUCCUGGAGGAGCGCUCUGGAGCUCCUAUACCGAAAUUGUUCGUAGGGUACCUGAACGAAAAUGCUUAUGUAUAUGAUGAUGAUCACGUGCGUAAAGCUAACUUAGAAAAUGCCAUUUACGUCCUGUGCGAGAUGAUUAAACGCAUUGAUGUGUACGCAAGCUUAGAACGACUAGAUGAGAUACUAACUAAGUUUUCGGACGUUGUGCGGAAGAUUUAUGACUUUAGCAUACCCUCGGUGCUAUUCCGUAACGUGUUGAAUCAUGGCGAUUUGUGGAGUAAUAACGUGAUGUUCCGGUACGAAAUGAUUCCUACAAGCGUUGAAAGUAGUAUGUGUAGCGAAGGGCGUCUGGCAGAGUUCGAGAAAGCGACGUCCGACCGUGAAGAAUCGAAGGAGCUAGAAGCAGCUGCAGCACAGGCAUCGAAACAACCAGCCUGUUCUAACGGUGAGCGUCGUCGACGAAAGCGUUCAUCCAUCAAGAAGCCAAAUCCAUUCGAAGUGUUAAGUUUAGGUAACUGGUCCGAACCGGGUGGUACUCGUCCAUCGAGUUGCAUAUUAAUCGACUUCCAAAUUGCACGUUACGCACCACCGGCCUACGACGUUCUAUCCUUAUUAAUGUCCGCAACCACAAGAAUCUUUCGGGAGCGUUAUCUCGAGGAGUUGUUGGAUGUGUACUACGACGCUCUGCGUGCUGAACUCGAUUGGUUCCAUCGGGAUGUGCGAGAGGUUUUUCCAAAUGGUUUCCCUUCCUUUCACGAUACGUGUGAUCAGUAUCGACUCGCUGGACUCAUCGAUAGUGUACUGUACCGCCAUGUGACGAUGCUCCCGGUCGAGCUCGUAGCCAGAUGUCGCGAAGAGCAUCGACUACCUGGCUCUGUUGGCAGCCCCCACCAACCGGGCGACCGAAACGCCGGAGUGGACAUUUGCCUACAAGCUUGGUCCCAAUACGAUGAUUAUCGGUUACUUAUGACGGAUAUGUUGUCCGAUUUGGUCGACCGUUAUAUACUGCAGGUUUGA